CCUGCAGCACUUGAGAACAACUUGUGUGACACUUCGGCUCGUGACACUUUUCUCAUUUUAUCUGCAGAAGAACAAGACGAUCUUUCCUUCCUCGAGCUCUAGUUUGGAUUCUCUGACCUGUUCUCCUGCAGGACCCCGUCCUCCUCCUCCUCCUCCUCCUCCUCCUCCUCCCGGGCCCCCCGUCCCCGCCAUGGGCUCCGUGCUGCCCCCCGCCCCCCUGGGCCUGAAGUCGGGCUUCAAGCCGCAGCAGCCGCUGUCCCUCGCGGACAUCAUCACGUCGGACAUCCUGCACAGCUUCCUGUACGGCCGCUGGAGGCACGUGCUCGGCGAGCAGCACCACCUGCACGGCCUGCACCACCUGCACCACCUGCAGCACGAGGACCGCGCUGCUCCCAGCGCGAGCCCCAAGACCGCGUUCACCGCCGAGGUGCUCGCGCAGUCCUUCUCCGGAGAGGUUCAGAAGUUGUCGAGUCUGGUUUUACCGAGUGAGGUGAUCAUCGCUCAGAGCUCCGUCCCAGGAGAAGGUCUGGGUAUCUUCUCCAAAACGUGGAUCAAAGCGGGGACGGAGAUGGGCCCGUUCACCGGCCGCCUGAUCGCCCCCGAACACAUCGACCUGUACCGGAACAACAACCUGAUGUGGGAGGUGUUCAACGAGGACGGGACCGUCAGGUACUUCAUCGACGCCAGCCAGGAGGACCAGAGGAGCUGGAUGACCUACAUCAAGUGUGCCCGCAACGAGCAGGAGCAGAACCUGGAGGUGGUCCAGGUCGGCAGCAGCAUCGUCUACAAGGCCGUCGAGACGAUCCCCCCCGACCAGGAGUUGCUCGUCUGGUACGGAAACUCUCACAACACCUUCCUGGGAAUCCCUGGAAUUCCGGGAGGAGACGAGGAGCAGAGCAAGAAGACCAAGACGGAUGAGUUUCACACCAGUGAAGGAUCCUCGUCCUCCUCCUCCUCCUCGUCCUCCUCCUCUUCUUCCUCCACCUCCUCCUCCUCCUCAUCCAGCCUGGGACGCAUGCGCUGCGUCAUCUGCCACCGCGGCUUCAACUCGCGCAGCAACCUGCGCUCGCACAUGCGCAUCCACACGCUCGACAAGCCCUUCGUGUGCCGCUUCUGUAACCGCCGCUUCAGCCAGUCGUCCACGCUGCGGAACCACGUGCGGCUGCACACCGGCGAGCGGCCCUACAAGUGCCACGUGUGCCAGUCGGCCUACUCGCAGCUGGCCGGGCUGAGGGCGCACCAGAAGAGCGCGCGGCACCGACCCGCCGGGGCCGCCGCCGGGGCUGCCGGGGUGCAUGGUGCUCGCUCCCCUCCUCCUCCUCACGGUCCUCCUCCUCCUCACCCGCCGCAGCUCUCCUCCAUGCCUCACCCGGCGUCUCUGGUCCACCACAUCCCCACCAUGGUGCUGUGAUGGGAGGCUACAGGCUGAGAGAGAGACAGGUAGAAAGAGAGGGAGACAAAGAGACAGACAGGGAGGCAGAGACAGGUAGAAAGACAGAGAGACAAGGAGACAGAGAGACAGACUGGCUGAGAGAGAGAGACAGAUAGACAGACCGAAAUCCUCUAAAAUGUCCAGAACUUUGUAAAAUUUGACAUGUUUCUUCGUUCAAACACGGUGACUCACGUAAUAAAACUGUUGCAUGAUGGGUAAUGGGGUUUGCCGGUAUAACCCUGUGUCUGCAUGCUACCGGUUCCUUGUUUAAAGGUUUGUGACGUGUGUGCAUUGAACACUAGAAGGCUUCUGCUGGAUCGUCCUGUCGGUCACUUGCUAACACAUUAGCACGCAUGAUGCUAAAGCUCAAGCGAUGCUCUGGGGCUAACUAGCAAAACAGUUUCGACCAACGUAAGAGCGAGCUAACGUAUCAGAGUCCACUUUACUGAAGCCGCUGGUGUCCAUGUGAAUGAUACUAGUCCUGAAAUGUUUCCACCGUUAGCAAUCUAACCAGCUGGUUUGCUAGCAUGCUAGUUAGCUUUGAAUGCUAGCUCAGUAUAUCUUGUAGCCACAACGUCACUAAGUUAAUGCAAUGUUUGUAUGCAUUUUUCAAGUAUUAUCGAGCUGCGCUCCCACUUAAGCAUACUAGAGCUAUAGUAGCCUUAGCUUUAGUAACACUUCUCAUAAAUGUUGUGGAGUAACUCUGCGCACUAAUAUUUAAGUUAGCUUGACUGGUGAUAGAAGUGAUGCUACACCCAUGGCAAAAGCAAACUCAAUGCUAAUCUAUUAGCACAAUGUCUCGUAACAUUGGCUGUAUGCUAAUAUGUUAGCAAGAGUGAACGACCAGCCUGUCGCCUAAAUCUGGUCACCUGAUUCAUUUUAAAGAAGCUCAUAGCUAUUUAAACCAUGUAAAUUCCUAAGUGUAACAUAUUCUAUCAAUAUUAAUAUCAUUAGUCCCUCAUGUCCGUGCGGGAAAGACCCAAAUUGGGUCUCUGGCAAGUUCAAUGGAAACCUAUGUUAAAAAACAUAAAACAAAAAAUUCUAGUAUCUUUAAUGGUUCUACAUGAUUUGUUUCUGAUUUUCUCAAUGAAUAUCUUGGUAAAUAAUCAUAUAAAUAAAUCGAAAGUUUGAUGGGUACCAUUAGCUUCAAAGAAAAAGAAUAUAAACACGCCCAGAAUAUAAUUCAACCGUCACUUUAUCUCUGUAUAUGUAUGAGUUCCCUUAUGACACGUGUAUUGGUAUAAGAAGUAAGUUGACUUCUAUAAAGGACAUUGUAUUUGAGCCUCUGUGCUCCUAAUAAAGUAUUUACCUUCA